AUGACGGUAAUCAACGACUGCAGGCCGCCGAACGACGACGGACGCUGCGUGCCCGUGGAGCUGGACGUCCCGAGCGUGGCCUCUUCUCCGCGUCGAGACGAAGGGGACGACCGCGUCGUGUUUCUCGUGGUACCCGGUCUUGCAGACGACACCCGAGACGCUGCCGCCAAGAUCAAGUCAGCACUGCAGCGCAGCCCGCUUGGCGUGCGCAGUGUCCAGCUGGACGUGCCGGAGCGACUGGCGAGGAUUGAGCUGGUGCACCGCGUCGAUGAAGCCACUGAGGCCACCCUGGCGGAAGUCGUGCGAAGCGCUACGCCCGAUCAGUUCGUGGCGUACCCCGUGUGGCAGCACCGAGAGCGCAUCGUGCGUCUGCGCGUGCAGGGCAUGCGCUGUAUGACGAAUUGUGGUCGACAGGUGAUUCGCGCGCUCGAGCAAGUUCCUGGUGUGCUGCACAUCCACGUGGACUCCAAGUCAAAGAUCGCGGAAGUGGCGUUGGCAAAAGGGUGCACUGCUACAGAGGUCGAUCUGAUCAAGUACAUCGGCGCGGCGAACGCGCGGUUCAGCGCGUCGAUUGCAAAGGCAAAGAAGGAGCGAACGAACUCGGUUUCGGGUGCAAUCUUGCUGAACAUCACCGGCAUGACGUGUGCCAAGAGCUGUGCGGCAAAGGUGCAGACGACAUUGCAGCACAUGGACGGGGUGACCAAUGCCACGGUCGACUUCGACAGCAAACGCGCGAUGGUGAUUCUAGAGCCCGAGAGUCAAGUGGACGAAGAAGAGCUGGUUGCAGUGGUGCGCAGCCUCGGAAAGAAGUUUGAUGCUUCGUGCUACAAACUCUUCAAGCACGACGGCGGCUCGCGUGUUGUGUAUCUCACGAUCAACGGCAUGAGCUGCGCUGCGAACUGUGCGAGAAAGGUGCAGGACGCGUUGUCGAGUGCCGAAGGAGUCAUGAGCGCCAAGGUGGACUUUGACACGAAGCGGGCUACCGUCUUCUUGGAAACGGACAGCUGCUUGACCGAAACCGACCUGAUUAACGCCGUGCAUUCUGCGGACCAAAAGUUCACGGCUUCACUGGCAUCUCCUUUCAGUGGGCCACGCUCGAUUGUUCUAGCAGUCCGGGGCAUGCCAUCCGCUGGAAAUAGUGCAAAUAAACUCGAAAAAGCUCUGAAUGCAGUACCAAGCGUGGAGACUGCGAAGGUGAACUUGUCACUGGAGCGCGCCACUGUGUUGCUUCACCCAGGCAGCACACUGACCGAACGCGAUCUGAUCGAAGUCGUUCGCGGGGUGGACGAUACGCUCGAUGCUAUGACGUACGUUCCGCUGCUUCGGUCCCGCGUAAUGACCUUGGAGAUCGAAGGCAUGACCUGCGCCAAAAAAUGCGUACGAAAAGUCCAGAGAGCCCUCAGCAAAGUAGGGGGUGUUGUGUCGGUAUCCGUCGACCUUGCUGCAAAGAGGGCAACCGUUGAGGUAGACCCUGAAGCGGAAGUUACCGACGACGAUUUGAUCCGAGCCGUCCGACGUGCCGGGUCGAAGUUUCGCGGCCGGGCUGUCAGGCCAAAAAGCGCAAAAGGAGAAGCUGUUUGUACGGAAGAGUCUGCAGUUGACAUCGACGCAAAGUCGUAUACAGCGUCUUCUACGUUUCCAGACGACCUGGCGCUUUCGGUUGACUUUGACGAGAGCGACUAUGGUGAAGCUACGCUUCUCGUCGGAGGCAUGACUUGCAGCUCGUGCUCUAGCUCAGUCGAAAAUGCUUUGAUACAAACUGAAGGCGUCAUUUCUGCUACCGUUAGCUUUGCAACCGAGAAAGCAUCGGUCCGCUUUGACAAAAACGUGGUCGGCAUUCGAACGCUCGUUGAAGCUGUAACCGACAUCGGGUACGACGCGUCAUAUGUGUCUGGAAAAGGGGCUCAGGAAGCGCUUGGACACCAGCGCACGAAGGAGAUCGCGCGGUACCGCGCCGAUCUUCUUGUGUCAAUACUAUUUACGUUCCCAGUCCUCGCGAUAAUGAUGGUUUUCGACAACAUCACGUCGACUGAACAUAGCUUGGCAUCGGCGAUCUUUUCAGGUGUCUCGUGGCAAACUUUGAUCGUGGCGGUUUCUGCCACGCCAGUCCAGUUUUAUGCUGCGCGUCGUUUCCACGUCGAUGCGUACAAGGGGGUGAAGAACCGGACGCUGGGCAUGUCAUUCUUGGUAUCCAUGGGCUCCAACGCGUCAUACUUCUACGGGCUUCUUAGCAUCGUACGCGCUUGUUCGCUGGGCGACGCAAGUGUUGCCAAUCCAGAUAUGUUUAUGACGUCAACGAUGCUGCUUUCGUUCGUGAUACUUGGCAAGUUCUUGGAAUCGGUUGCAAAAGGGAAAACGUCGGCAGCAUUGAGCAAGUUGAUGGCAUUGCAGGUCAAAUCGGCGACGUUGCUCAUCUUCAGCGAAGAUGGAAGCAGUGUUCGAGAAGAACGGGUUGUUCCCAUUGAGCUGGUUCAGCGUGGAGACAUAUUGAAGGUCGUCCGCGGGUCAUCGAUCCCUGCUGAUGGUGUCAUCGUGUACGGCGACGGUCGAAUCGAUGAGUCGAUGUUGACCGGCGAAUCGAGGACGAUAAAAAAAGUUGAUGGUGACCGCGUGUUGGGGGCGACAGUCAACGUCGACGGGCUGUUCCACAUGAAGGUGACUGGUGUGGACAACGAUACUGCAUUGAGCCAGAUCAUUCGUCUUGUGGAGGACGCGCAGGCGUCAAAAGCGCCAAUCCAAGCAUAUGCAGACUACGUUGCAUCCAUAUUCGUCCCGACCGUACUGGUGUUGUCGUUCCUGACGUUUUCAACCUGGUACAUUCUGUGUAUCUUCAAAGUGGUGCCAUCGAGCUUGAUUCCGCCCAUGGACAGCGAGUUUGUGUUUGCGUUCAACUUUGGCAUCGCAACGCUCGUGGUUGCUUGUCCAUGUGCGCUGGGAUUGGCCACGCCAACAGCAGUCAUGGUCGGAACGGGUGUGGGCGCUCAGCACGGCGUGUUGAUCAAAGGCGGCGAGCCUCUGCAGGCUGCGCAUAACAUUGACACGAUCUUGUUCGACAAGACAGGAACGCUGACUAUGGGGAAGCCUGUCGUGACGGACGUGGUUGUGCUCAGCAAGAAACUGAGCACCGAGAAGCUCAUUCUCUUGGCUGGGUCAGCUGAACUUGGCAGCGAGCACUCGCUGAGCAAGGCAAUCAUCGAGUACGCCAAAUUCAUCGCGCCAUCACUUGAGCAGCCGACGAGUUUCCAGGGCGUUUCUGGACGAGGCAUUGCGUGCACAGUUGGUGAGCACAAAGUCGUCAUUGGUAACCGAGAGUGGAUGACCGACAAUGGUCUGGCGCGCUGGACAGGCAUCGUGCUACAGCAAGCCACGCUGACGUUCCAGAAUGCUGGGAAGACUGCAAUUUACAUGGGCGUUGACGGUGAGCUUAGUGCCGUCUUUGGCGUCGCAGAUGCGCCACGCAAGGAGUCGAUGCGUACGCUCAGGAAGCUCAAGCAGAUGGGUCUUGAGGUCUGGAUGGUCACGGGCGACAACGCGCGCACUGCAUACACGAUUGCCGACCAGCUUGGUAUCAGCCGGCGCAACGUCAUGGCCGAGGUCGUUCCUUCCGAGAAGUCGUCAAAAGUCAAGCACCUCCAGAACACUGGGCACACUGUUGCGAUGGUCGGCGAUGGCAUCAACGACUCGCCUGCCCUCGCACAAGCGGACCUGGGCAUUGCCAUGGGCGGUGGCACGGAAAUCGCAGUGGAAACGGCUGGCAUGGUCCUCAUGAAGGCCAACUUGUUCGACGUCAUCACGGCACUGGACCUGUCUCGCACGAUCUUUGACCGCAUCCGGCUCAACUACGUAUGGGCUCUAGGCUACAACUGCCUGUUGAUCCCUCUGGCUGCAGGCGUGCUGUAUCCGUAUGGCUUCACUAUUCCUCCCAUGUUUGCCGGUGGGGCUAUGGCCAUUUCGUCCGUGUCCGUCGUCACGUCCUCGCUCUUGCUCCGGUAUUACGCUCCUCCAGCUCUCCCCGCGGACUUCAGUGUCGUUGACAGCAAGUCGCUCCUGUUCAAGAAGCCGACAGUGACAACUCCUCUGCUCGCGUCCAGUACGCUGGAAUAG